AUGCGCUACGUUUUUGUGACAUUAUCAGCCGCUCUUUCAGCGGCUCAUGUCAUCCUUGAGAACCCCAAGCCAUUUCGCUUUCAAGCCUAUGGGCCAUCUAAUCCAAUCUCACCAGAUGGCUCGGAUUUUCCAUGUAAGUUGCCCCCGGGUGCCAAACUCGAACUCGACGGCGCCCCGAAGAUUAUGGCCAUUGGUGAGGAGCAAAGUGCCUCGUUCUUGGGUCCAGCCGUUCAUGGUGGCGGGUCAUGUCAAUUCAGUUUAUCUGGACCUGUGAGUAAUGGCGACUGGGCUGGUUACCCCGUAAGGAGUUCAGAUUGGAAAGUCUUUCACUCGAUUGAAGGUGGAUGUCCGGCGCGCAAUCAGAAAGGAAAUAUUGAUGGCCCGAAUCAAGAUAAGUACUCGUUCAAGAUCCCGGAGGGAAUCGAGCCUGGCGACUAUGUUUUUUCAUGGACUUGGCUGGCCCGGAUAGGAGGAGAACCGGAAUAUUACCAAAACUGUGCCCCAAUCACCGUCGUUCCCGCGAAGACGAAGCGCAUGUCCAACUCGGACCAGCGGGGAUUGUUUGCUAAAAGAGUGGGGUUCCCUCAACUCUUCAUGGCCAACACGGGCGACAUCUCAGGGGGUUGUACAACGGAAGAGGCCCUGCAGGAACAAGUUGCGAUUGCAUUUCCCGAUCCGGGCCCUUCCGUUGACCAUCCCGAGGGCACCGGAAAUUUGUUCAAGCAACAAUGCGAUGGGAAUCCGAAGGCAGGCAAAGCCCAGAAUGGAGGUCCUGUUGGUGCUCUAAAUUCGAGUGCAUCGCAACCUAGCUCAACCCCUGUGGAACAGCAUAGCACGUCCAGUACCUUGCUUCCCUCUUCCUCCUCCCUGACUUCGACUUACUCAAUGACUCCGUCAUCGUCUGCUGAAUCGAUAGUUCCUAGCUCGAGCCCCGGUGCUUGUAUAGAGGGCCAUCUAACGUGUCUUGGUGAUGGCACUCAUUUCGCUACUUGCACUGGCGGACAGCUAACACCUCCGCAGCCUAUUGCGCUCGGAUUUAAGUGUAAGGUGGGUUCUAGCGUUGGGCUCGAUAUCUCGCCGGCGUAG